AUGAACGACCACAAUGAGACCGUGAGGCGCAUCUCUGGGGUCGUCAAAGAGUUCCAUUCCCGCCGGCAGCCGUUCCGGAUCUACCACGGCUCCACCAGCAGCACCCGGCCCGCCCACAACCAGAGUGUCGUCGACAUCAGCGACCUGCGCCAUGUCUUACACAUCGACACCGCCGCGGCGGUCGCCGUCGUCGAGCCCAACGUCUCCAUGGACCAGCUCGUCGCCGCGACCUACCGCUACGGCAUGGUCCCGCCCGUCGUCAUGGAGUUCCCGGGGAUCACUGUCGGCGGCGGCUUCGCCGGAUCCGCCGGGGAGAGCAGCUCGUUUCGCCACGGUUACUUUGAUGAGACGGUAACGUCGGUCGAGAUCGUCCUGGCCACCGGCGAGGUCGUCAAUGCGUCCAAGACGGAGAAUGCGGAUCUCUUCAAGGGUGCGGCCGGGGGCCUGGGCACGCUCGGCAUCGUCACGAAACUGGAGCUGAGGCUGUUGAGGGCGAGGAAAUAUGUGAAGGUCACGUAUCACCCGUACUCGAGGAUUCCGGACGCGAUAGCUGCCAUUCAGCGCGAGACGAAUCUGGCGCACAACGAUUACGUGGAGGGCCUCGUUUAUUCCAGGACGAGCGCUGCGGUUGUGACGGGUCAACUGACGGACGACCUGCCCCCGAAGCACCGGCCGCAGACUUUCAGUAGAUCGAAAGACCCGUGGUUUUACAUACAUGCACGGAAGCGGAUCGCAAAUGCCGUGCCGACCCCGGACUACGUUCCAUUGCAUGACUACCUCUUCCGAUACGACAGGGGCGCGUUCUGGAUGGGCGAGUUGGCCUUCAAGUACUUCGGUUUCGUACCAUUCAAUCGCAUUACCCGGAGAAUUGCGAACCGCCUCAUGGACACCAGGACGCUGUACAAAGCAGGCCUGGGCGGAGGCAGCCGCAUGACCUUUAGAUACAUAAUCCACGACCUGUCGCUGCCGUACUCGACGGUCGAAAGCUUCAUCGACUACGUCGCGGACAACCUCGAGAUCUGGCCCCUGUGGCUCUGUCCGCUGAAAGCCAUAGAAGCCCCCAGUUUCCACCCCUACACGACGGAACCGGGUGGGGCGUCACCCCAGCCGAUGCUCAACGUGGGCGUCUGGGGCCUGUCGUCGAAGAAGAUCGACCGUUUCAUGCGGCAGAACCGAGAUCUGGAGGCGAAGCUAAUGGAGCUCGGCGGGAGGAAAGUGCUCUACUCGCACGCUUACUACACGGAGAAGGAGUUCUGGGAGAUGUACGACAAGGAUUGGUAUACGAAGCUCCGGGAGCGGUACAGCGCCACGAGUUUACCUGAUGUUUACGACAAAGUUACGGUUGAUGUGAGCAAGGAACGGGAAAGGCGGAGUCUGCGCGACAAGAUGGCUGUGAAAUGGCCGUUUGCCGGACUUGUUGGAGUUUGGUCGGCGAUUCGGAAGUGA